GAGACCGUUCUGUAAUAACAACAUGCAGUGUCAGUCCCGGAGUGGUACAAUAAUAACGUCAAAAGGCUAAAGUUCGUACCAAAGAGCAACUGUACCAGCGUGAGGGAAGUCUUUUGUGGAAAGAACAUUUUUUAACAUUGAAAAAGCCAUGACGGACUCCAACAAGAUGGUGAUCAACUUGGCCCUCUUUGGCAUGACUCAGAGUGGAAAAAGUAAUGCUGGGAACAUUCUUCUGGGAAGCACUGACUUCCACAGCAGCUUGGCUCCAUGUUCUGUGACCGACCAUUGUAGUCUGGGCCGCAGCUGUCACCUCCAUGGCUUCAUGCGUCGAGGGGGGCAAGAGAUAGCCCUUCAGGUCCAGGUGUUGGACACCCCAGGUUAUCCGCACAGCAGGCUGAGCAAGGACCAUGUGAAACAGGAGGUCAGGGAGGCCCUGGCACGUCACUUUGGGCAAGAGGGUCUCCAUCUUGCACUGCUGGUCCAGAGAGCAGAUGUGCCUCUCUGCGGACAUGAAGCAUUGUUCCCAGUCCACAUGAUCCAGGAACUUCUGGGACAAGCUUGGAAGAAUUACACUGCCAUCCUUUUUACCCAUGCAGAAAAAAUAGAAGAGGCUGGGUUCAGUGAAGAUGAAUACUUACACGAGGCUUCCGAUACACUGCUAACUGUACUAAAUUCUCUUCAGCACAGAUAUAUUUUCCAGUAUAAAAAAGGAAACUCACUUAAAGAACAAAGAAUGAACAUCUUAGUAAGAAUUAUGGAAUUUAUAAGAGAAAACUGUUACCAAGUUCUUACCUUUAAAUAAAAUUUACAUAAAAGGAAAAGGGCAUUGGGUUUGAAUGUCAGAAAUCUGGUUUCAAAAGUGCCUUUGUUAGAAUGGACCAUAAGAAUUUCUGUAUCCUGCAGAUGAGAGUGUACACUGGUACACUUCCAAAAUUAUCCAAAUGUCUGUUAACAGUAGAAUGGAUAAGUAAAUUGUUGUAUAUUCACAGAAUGGAAUGUUAUAUGGUGAUGAGAAUGAACAAACUACAACUGCACGUAAUAUCAAUGAAUUGCCCAAACACAAAGUUGAAAGAAGAAAGCCAAACAUGAGUACAUACUCCAUAAAUGUAACAAACUUGGUUUUCAACAUUUGAAUACAUUUUUCUAUAUUCAUGUCAUUACUCAGUGUUACCGUUUUAAACAACUAUUGCUAACACCAGUUUGAUAAAUGUAAAGGCAUUAUCUUACUGUUAAUGCUUUUCCCAGACUACUACUGAAUUGGAGCAUCUUUUUAUAGGCAUGUUGGUCAUUUAGAUUUGUUCUUCCAUGAACUGCCUCUUCACAUUCUUUGUCCUUUUUAUCACUUUUCUAUUGGAUUACUUCUCACAAAGAUCUUUCCUUGACCAAAACUUUAGACAGAUUCCUGAACCUUCUCCUAGGCCCAUCUGUGCUUUGUAAAAUCUAGUUUUAGCAAGAACCCAGUUUGACCAUAAUCCUCCACCCUCUUCUAUUACCCCCUGGGAGAUGUCUGAUCACCUUGGCCUGUUUGGGAGAGGUCCUGUUAGGUGGGUUUAGCCUGGCUCCUUCUGACCCCUGCUUCCUCUUAGUGUUUUUCCAUCCACAGAUCCCCACCCUGCUCCUUGGCUAUCCAUUCUCACUUGCCCAUCCUGUAUUCGGAGUUGGGCCUCAUCGCUCUCCCCACUGUAAAAUCCCACUGCAGUGGUGCCUAUACCUAUGUCAGUGGACCUGAAUUACUAACAGGUCUGCCUUACCAUCUUAACAAGUGUCACUGAGUAUUUUUUUUCUUCAACACUUCCUGCUUGGAUUAUUAGAAGAGCUCUAUGUAUAUUACAAAUAUUAGCCCUCUGUCCUUCACGAUGCAAUGUUUUUCAAACCAGAUUUGUGAAUUUUCUUAUUGUCAUAUAUUUCUAUACACAUGAUAUGAGAUAGGGUUUGUUUCAUCUCCUUUCAGAUGUGUAACCAAUUGUAUUUGCUGUAUUUAUUAAAUAAUUCAUCCUUUUCCUACUGAAGGUAGAAAGACUGAGGUAGGUAGAUAGAUGUAUAGAGAUAUAUCUCCUUUAUCUAUUUCUGGAUCUAUUCUGGAUUCUUAACGCUUUUCCAUUACCAAUUUUAUUAAUACUACUGUAAAUACCAGAAUAAUUAAAGGGGUUUUAUAUCAUUGGUUGAUAUCUAGGAGAAUAAGUUUCCCUUGUUUUUUUUUUUUUUUCAAAAUAUUUUCUGGCUACUCUCAGGCAUUCAUUUUUAUAUAUACUUUCAGGUCUUUUUUUCUAAUUUCAAAAAAAGUUCUCUUGUAGUGUUUUGUGACAAAUGAAAUUUUGUGAUAUUAAAUUCUCCCAUGAAAGCAUACAGGAUGUUUCACCAUCUUACUUUAUAUUUAUUAUAUUACUGUAUUUCUUACAUUUUAUUUUCCUUAGUUUUGAUUUGAUAAAGUUGCUAUAAAUUCAACUUUUCUCCUUGAUAUUUAGUUCUACUUUAAUUCCCACCCAUUAAGGAUUAUUUCCUCAUUCCUGAAUUCAGAAUCAAGUACAUACUUCUCCACUACUGUCUGAUAACAAGGUAAUAACUUUCCCUAACCAAGAACUUUCACUCCCCACUGUAUUAUCCCCUCAACCAUUAAAAUAAGACUGUUAGAACACUUUCAUCGCCUCCUUAUCCUUUUCUCCUUCCCCCAUCCUCCCUAGGAAACAGGUCUUUUCAAUGCUUUUCCUGUCCCCAUAUUACUAGAUUUUUCUAAGAUAGUUUUACAUAAUUCAAGACUUCCCCUUGCAGAUUGUCCCAUCUGUUUCAAAAGUCCUCUUUUACCAUUUACAUUGAGCAUGCCUGAUAGUUUAUCAUCUCUCUUUUAAGUUAAAUACAAAUAUUAGAAAGUCCAUUCCUCACCACUAUUUUCUCUUCAUCUUCCCCAUCUUUCUGGUUAGUGUAUUUUCUUAAUACACUCUGAAUUCUAGCAUAGUAUCCAGGAGGCAUUAAAUUCCAGAUAUGCUCUUCCAUGCACCAUUAUGCCAUCCUAGCUCCUCACUUACAAUCAGCAUAGUGGAUACAGUAAAAUCAUGUGAUAGCUGGUAAUGAAAUCGUUGUAUCUUAAGGAUGGUAAGACACUGAAGUGAACAUUUUGUGCUGUGCUCCACUGAAGCUGGGUCAUUCAGCUUUUUCUGAAUGAUAGUACGUGGAUCUUUUUCAAUGCAAAAAUGUGUCAUGUCUUUCCCGACGACCCAAUAUUUUAGUGUUUUGAGUAUUUUAGAGGAUUGGAAGCAUACUUAGUAUUUUUGUGCAGUUGGGGUUAGUCUCAUUAAGCACAUACCAUCUUGGGGCAUUAGUGAUUCACCCCUAAUGCUGC